UAAGGACCCGGAUAUAAGGCUUGGAAGCCCAUCCCUUGUGUUUCUUGGUUUAUGACUGUCGGCUUUGCGGAAUACGGCUGAGAUGAAAGGAUUUCUCGAGGAUGCAAAUUACUCCAUUGGCCUCUUGGAUGAAGGAGCAACUCUUGCAGAUGUUAUUGACAACUGUAUUUAUGAACAUACUCAUCAAAUAAAUAGGUAAACUGCUGGCAACAUGUCAUGUCUCCAACCACUGGCUGGCUCACAGAGGAUAGCUGCCUCCUGCUGCUUUCAUUUACUCCUUUAGCUCAAGGGGUAAAGGCGUGUGCCAUGGAUCUAAAGCUCCAGAUCCCAUUCCUGCUGGUGACCCGUACAGGGGACUGGAAAAAGAGCAUUUUAUGUUGGUGAUCUUGGAAAACUUGUAAAGAAAAACAUACAAUGGCAGAAUGUGAUGGCACCAAUAAAACCAUUUUAUACUGUAAGAUGCAAUUCUACUCCAGGUGUACUUGAAAUCCUGGGAACCCUUGGGAUUGGAUUUGCAUGUUCCAGUAAAUCUGAAAUGGCAUUGGUGCAAGGCCUGGGCAUUUCUCCUGAAAAUAUUAUAUAUACAAAUCCUUGCAAGCAAGCUUCUCAGAUAAAGUAUGCAGCAAAAGCUGGAAUAAACAUCAUGACUUGUGACAGUGAUAUUGAGCUGAAGAAAAUUGCACGCAACCAUCCAGAUGCGAAGCUCUUACUGCACAUUGCCACAGAAGACAUCACUGCUGAUGAGGAGAUGAAUAUGAAGUUUGGCACCACUCUGAAGAACUGUAGGCACCUCAUGGAAUGUGCUAAGGAGUUGGGAGUCCAAAUAGUUGGUGUUAAAUUUCAUGUUUCAGGCUCUUGCAAGGAACUGCAAACAUACAUUCAUGCUAUAUCUGAUGCUCGGUGUGUGUUUGACAUGGCUGAAGAAUUUGGCUUUAAGAUGAACAUGUUGGAUAUUGGUGGGGGCUUCACAGGUUCGGAGCUUCAGCUGGAAGAGGUUAAUCAUGUCAUCAGGCCUUUGCUGGAUGUCUACUUUCCUAAGGAAUCUGGUAUUGAGGUGAUUGCAGAGCCUGGAUGUUACUAUGUUUCAUCUGCUUUUACACUGGCAGUUAACAUAAUUGCAAAGAAAGCUGUUGAUUGUGACAAACUUCUUCCUUCUGGAGUGGAGCAAGCUAGGAAUGAUGAUGAACCAGUAUUUACAUACUACAUCAAUGAUGGUGUUUAUGGUUCUUUUGCAAGCAAAUUGUCUGAGAAACUGAAUACUAACCCAGAGGUUCACAAGAAAUACAAGGAAGAUGAGCCUCUGUUCGCAAGCAGCCUUUGGGGUCCAUCCUGUGAUGAGCUUGAUCAAAUUGUGGAAAACUGUCUUCUUCCUGAGCUGAGUGUUGGAGAUUGGCUGAUCUUUGAUAAUAUGGGUUCUGGUACCUUAGGUGAACAGUCCACCUUCAGUGACUAUCAGAGGCCGCUCAUUUACUACAUGAUGUCCUUCAGUGACUGGGAUGAGAUGCAAGAUGCUGGAAUUGCUUCAGACACAUUGAUGAAGAAUUUCUUCUUUGUGCCUUCUUGCAUUCAGCUGAGCCCAGAAGACCGCUUUUCCACUGCAGCUUAAACAGGCAUUAACGCUUCAUUUAGACCUGCAGUUGCAAGUCUGUAGUUUGUCUGGUCAACAUUCCAGUGUGGAAGAAAUGGAACAAUCUUGAAUUCAAUUCAUUCUCUUCAAAACUUGAAAAAAAUAGUAAUAGCUAAUGGGGACCAGGCAAAACAAGCUACAGCUACACCGGGGGGAGGGAGGGUUAGAUAAUGGCAUCCAAAUUUAAACUUAUGUUUAUUCAACCCCUGAGCGUUUAAAUAUGCAACAAAAUGGAUGACUUAGUGGAGAUGGAAACCCAUCACUUGGGUUCUUCAACAGUUUACAUACAAGUACACAGUUUUUAUACUAAGGAUUCCUGUUAGAAAAGUCUUGUAAAGUUAUUGUCUUUCGCCCAGAUAUAUCAAAUGUCAGUGGGAGACCAGUGUGACUUCAUUAGAUGUUUAGUGUAUUUAGAAUGUGUAAAUUUGUGCUUUGAACUGUAGUUUAAUAAAUGUAAAAUUGCAUCAUAGUAUUUGUUGUAUUUGACCCUUGAUGUAUCCCUUGUAUGAUUGCAAUAAAACUUUGUGUAGAUUUUAA